UCGACGUAGCCUAUUUGGUGACGUCACAACAUCCGGGUUCUCAGAAGAAACAUGGCGGAAGCGGACGAGUUAAAUAAACCCCUGUUCGCAGGGUUAUCAGAUGUCUCCAUAGCAGACGAUAUCCCGGUGGAGGGUGAGAUCAACGUGCCGAUGAGCUCCCUGAGUGCCAACGAUGAAAUCUCAACUCUGGAUGAACCUGUGAAGGACACUAUACUGAGGGAUUUGAAGGCGGUAGGUCAGAAGUUUGUGCACGUGAUGUAUCCAAAGAAGAGCUCCGCUUUACUGCGAGACUGGGAUUUGUGGGGACCUUUGCUGCUGUGUGUCGCCCUGGCUUUGAUGCUGCAGGGUGGGACUGCAGACAGUAAGGACGACGGCGGUCCUCAGUUUGCUGAAGUCUUUGUUAUCGUCUGGUUCGGUUCCAUCAUCAUCACAGUCAACUCCAAACUUCUGGGAGGAACCAUCUCAUUCUUCCAGAGCCUGUGUGUGUUGGGUUACUGUAUCCUCCCCUUGACGGCGGCCAUGUUGGUUUGUCGUCUCGUCCUGCUCAGCUCCAACGGACUGCUCAGCUUCAUCGUUCGACUCGUGGUCGUCACCGCCUCCUUCGGCUGGUCAACCUUCGCCUCCACAGCGUUCCUCGCCGACAGCCAGCCACCCAAUCGUAAAGCUCUGGUUGUUUACCCCGUCUUCCUCUUCUACUUCGUGAUUGGCUGGAUGAUCCUGACCUUCUCUCCGUCGUAACAUUCCCCCCCCCCCCCUUCCCCCACACUCUCGUCAACCAAUCAGACGAAGGACAUUAAUCCGAAGCCCCUCCCUCUCACCCAGCCCUUACCGUCUCGUCGAUCAGGAGGAUGGACCUGAUAUUCCAGGGGCGGGGUUUUUAUCCCAAAAGACGGGAAAUGGAAUGUGGAUCUUUCCUCUUUUUCUUUUUUUUUGUUCUUGUUCUUGUACAUGGACAGAUGGAGGGAGAGAGAGAAAAAGGAGAGAGAGAGAGAGAGAGAGAACAGAAAACUAUUUUGUACUCCGUUCACAGAGUUCCAUGUGUCUGUAUGCUAUUAUAAUAUAUCAGCAGACUUGUGAGAGAAGGGUGUGUGUGUGUGUGUGUGUGUGAGGAGGGUGUGUAUGUGUGAGAGAAGGGUGUGUAUAUGUGUGUGUCUUUGCUAAAUUUACACAUCUCUACUGAUUCAGUAAUAUUCUUAUAAAAAUAUGAUUUUAUUUAAUUCAAUUCUUUAAUUCUGAAAAGAAAUCGAAUCACUGUCUCAUGAAUAUUAAUGAGCAGGGGUGUGGCCUGUACCUGGUGUGUGUGUGUGUGUGUGUGUUUGGAGAGGUUGUGGUGAUGAUGUGGGAUUAAUCACGGCAUGAUGAGUCUGUAUUUAUGACUGUGUUAUAAAUGUGUUAAUAACAUUGCUGCGUGGUCGAGUGUGUUCUUGAAGCAGAAAAACUUAAACCAUGAGGUUGUACUAUUGAAAAAUAAAUAAAUUGCAUAAUCGUUAA